AGUCUUGAUCAUGUAGCCAAUCACAAAGCAGAAAACGGUUUUCACAGACCAAUCAGAAACGGCCCAGACCCAAGCGGUACCCGGAUUUUGAUGAACACUCAGCAUCCAUCGCAGCUAAACAUCCCGUCGGUAAGUUGGCCAACACUAGUGCAAAUACGCAAAAGAUGCAGCCUUGAGAAAGAAGAACGUGUGUUGUACUCACAUUUACAUACAACUAUGUAAUGAAAUAUAUGUAUUUAACCUAAUACGGGCUUUUGGCACCAGGCUAGCAUUGUUGGCAAGUUAGCUUUGUAGCAAGCAGCGGUGGCUCUGUUUGGCGCCCCACUGCAAAUGUUUUUGUUUUUUAUUUGCGUAUUGUGGACAUUGAUGUUAUAAAACAUCUAUUAAAAUUAAUAUAAAUUACGAAAAUCCGAGGCAGCUCUUGUUUUAAGAACGUGGACAUGUGCUAUUUCACGAAGCAAGAUAAUAAUGGUCAAAAUGGAAUGAUAGAAGACUCCAUAAAGAUGACUAUGUUCGGUGUUAAACAGUCUUUGAAUUGUGUAGGGAUGAAUGCAAGCUGGUGCAGUGUCGACUUUAUUACUUGAACGAGUGCAUAUGUGAGUUCAGCGAAGAUGACUGUGAUUUAAAGCAAUUUACUACACUAUAGUAUGAUUUUUCCCCAUUUUCUGCAGCUAAAGAGGUAUAAAAAUGGGGCGCAGAAAGUCUAAGAGAAAGCCACCUCCUAAGAAAAAAAUGACUGGUAACCUGGACACCCAGUUCACCUGUCCAUUCUGUAACCAUGAGAAAUCCUGUGAUGUCAAGAUGUAAGUACAUGAAAAUGCUUUAGAAACUCAAAGAAAUACAUCAUGAUUCAAAAGCGAUGUAAUAAUAAUCACUGUUUUUCAGGGAACGAACCCGCAACACAGGGAUUAUAUCAUGCAGCGUGUGCUUGGAGGAGUUCCAGACUCCAAUAACAUGUAUCCUUUAAACCAACAAAUAUCAUGAAGAAUGAAGAAAUUAUGAAGAAAAUGAUGGUAUAAAAACGAAGGAUUAAAGGAAAUAAGUUUAAAACAUAAAAAAGUUAAUUUAUUUAAAUUCUUAUUUUAAAGGGAUGUUCCAGCGUAAAAUUAAUUUAGGGUCAAACACACCGUAACACUGAGUUAGACACCCCCUCGAGAGAUGAAUGUUGUCGACCACUUGCUUCUCUAGUUAUACCAACUUUAGUAACGACCGCAGGAUAGAAAUACACAGCGGUCUGAGGAGCCAUAAACAAACUUCAACCAGAACGCCACUCUAUAGUCACAAAUAAUGCUCAGAACUUUUUGGCUGUUUUGGUAAUCUUUCAUGAAAAACUGCACAUGAAAGAAAGAAAUUAUAUUUCAAAAACCAAUAGCAGCCACACUCUUUAUGUGUACUGUAAUGCUGCUAAAAGUCCACAUGUGAAUGAAAAAGUAAAAAGACUUUACAGUUGUAAAAAAAGAAUUUAAAGUUGAUUUACUCUAAGCGGGGGUUGGUUUUGUGGGCGUACGUCAAUUCCUGUCUUUAUUUAAGGUAUGCCUUAACUGUAUUUCAACAGAUUUAUCCGAGCCAGUGGAUGUUUACAGUGAUUGGAUCGAUGCCUGUGAAGCAGCUAAUCAAUAGCCAGGUUCUCCUGACUGUUUUUUUCUCCCUUGUGAUCCUUAAGUUGAAGUUUGGUCCAUAAAAUCACAUCCUGUUAAAUCAUCAUGUUGUAGUUACAUUUUAACAAUCAGUGGAGUCAUUUUAUCGUUACUAAUAAUGUUUGACAUGCUUAGUUUGAACUCGGCACAAUGUGGCAUGCUGAGCGUGACAUGUUCUCUGGCUGGACCAGGGAGUUGCCGUGUUGUGUCUGAGUCACCUAUUUUUAUUUACCAGCAGUAGGCUAUGUAUUAUUUUUUUUUUUUUGUAAGAAAAUAUGUUUCUUCUUUUCUCCUUUAAUCAUUUUCUGAAGUUGUAAAUGUUUCCUGACUGAUAUACCCACACACUUUAAAUAUUCCAUGUUCUUCAUUCAUUCAUUCAUUUCUGAAGUUGUAAAUGUUUCCUGACUGAUAUACCCACACACUAUAAAUAUUCCAUGUUCUUCGUUAGUAUUUGUCAGUAUAAAGGGAAUCCAAUCCUGUUUGAGUCAUUAAGGUCAGUUGCAUUUCAAAGAGUUUGACUCUUGAAUUUACGUUUUGCUGUCUAAUCAUGUCUUCAGCGCACUGAAACAUUUGUUGGUAAAUGAAAAUCUAUUCCUGUUUUUUUAUCCAUGUGUACUUUAGUGUAUUUUAGAAUUUGAAGUUAGAAUUUUAGAUCACACUUGUGUUUUUAUUAAACUACUCCUGUGUACUCAAGGUAGUAACAGCUAUGAAAAAUGAAAUCUGCUCGUUUUUUAAGUGUUUUAUUGCACAAAUGUCAUGUUUAGUAAAAGGCAAAUAGGGGAAGAGGGGAGGGGGGGGUCAAGAAGUCGAGCUUGAACACUGCUAAAACAAAUCUAACACAUCAAGGUGAAAUGUUACCAUACAGUUUCUCAUCAUUGUAGCCAUUUUGUAAAUUAAAGGGAAAAUCAUAAAUAAAAAAAACUUUCAAAAAUA